CGUGUUUCCGGUAUGGAUCAAGCAGCAACAUUCCUAGUUUACGAGACGCUGCUUUUUCCGUUAGCCGAAACGAAAGUGAAACGAAGCGCUUGACUUUUGACAGCUCUUUCACUACCAGCACAGCUGAGCAGAACUUCCACAACCAUGGAGCACAAAAGUGACAUAGACGAGGGUUUAUAUUCCCGGCAGCUGUAUGUUCUGGGCCAUGAUGCAAUGCGGAGUAUGGGAGAGGCAAAUGUCCUUAUCUGUGGAAUGAGAGGUCUCGGGGUGGAGGUGGCCAAGAACGUAAUUCUGGCUGGAGUUGGUUCAGUCACCAUCCAGGACAAGGGGACAACUGAAUGGACAGACUUGUCCUCUCAAUUUUACCUAAAAGAGAGUGACCUGGGCAAGAACCGUGCAAUCUGUUCCGAAAAACACCUUGCACGCUUAAAUAGCUACGUUCGGCUCUCCACCCACACCGAAACUCUAAAUGAGGACUUGCUGCUCAAAUUCCAGGUGGUGGUUCUGACCGAUUCACUGUUAGAAGAGCAGCUUUCAGUUGCUGCAUUCUGCCAUUCAAACAACAUCAAAUUUAUUUUGGCUGACACUAAAGGACUUUGUGGACAAUUGUUUUGUGACUUUGGAGAAAACUUUCUGGUCAAAGACAUUGAUGGGGAACCGCCAAAGGUGUCCAUGAUUGCCCAUGUUUCCAAGGGAAAUCCAGGUAUAGUCACAUGCACAGAUGACCAGGCCCCUUUCUCAAAUGGUAUGCAUGUUGUCAUCUCUGGGGUUAAGGGUAUGACAGAGCUCAACAGCUAUGGGCCUAUUGAAAUCAAAGUGAUAGAAGACAGCGACUCCUUCAGUAUUUGUGACACUUCGAGUUUUUCUGAAUACGAAAAGGGCGGCGUGGCAACUGAAGUCAAAGAAACGAAGACACUCAGUUUUAUACCUCUAAAUGUUGCUGUGGAGCAAGUGAUGCAAGAUCCUGAGCUCCUGGCAUUCGCUUAUGAAAAAGAACAGAGAAAUCUAUCUCUUCACCUGGGCUUCCGAGCACUGCAGGAGUUCCAACAGAAAUAUAAUCGACUGCCCAAACCCAGGAACCAGGAGGAUGCUGAGCUACUUCUUGAUUUGGCAAGGAAGCUCAGUGCAGCAGCACAAUUUGACGGAUUUGACAACGAAGUUGUGAGAAAACUGUCUCUUUGUGCCAGAGGCAAUUUGGCUCCUAUCAACGCAUUCAUUGGAGGACUGGCUGCCCAGGAAGUGAUGAAGGCUUGCAGUGGUAAGUUCACUCCACUCAAACAGUGGCUCUACUUUGAUGCUCUGGAGUGCCUUCCUGAGCAAGAGGACAGUAACAAAGGACUGACUGAAGAAGACUGUGCUCCAAGAAACAGUCGCUACGAUGGUCAGAUUGCUGUAUUUGGCUUUGACCUCCAAGAAAAACUGAAGAACCAGAGAUAUUUCCUGGUGGGUGCUGGGGCCAUUGGCUGUGAGCUCUUAAAAAACUUUGCUCUGAUUGGCCUUGGUGCUGGAGAGGGCGGAGACAUCACAGUGACAGACAUGGACUCAAUUGAGAGGUCCAACCUGAAUCGUCAAUUCCUGUUUAGGUCUGAGGAUAUUGGGAAGCAGAAAUCAGAGGUGGUAGCUGAGGCAGUGCGUAAAAUAAAUCCCAGCAUGAAUAUCACCUCUCACCAGAACCGUGUGUGUGAGGAAAGCGAGGGCAUCUACACAUACCAGUUCUACGGCAGCCUAAAUGGAGUGGCAGCAGCUCUGGAUAAUGUAGAAGCCCGAAUGUACUUGGAUAAGUGCUGUGUGCAGCACAAGAAACCCAUGUUAGAAGGAGGGACUCUGGGUGCUAAAGGACAUACUCUGGUAGUGGUUCCACACCUGACUGAAUCCUAUGGUUCAGAACCAUCUUCAGAACAAAAGGCCAUUCCACUGUGUACAUUAAAGCACUUUCCUCAUCGCAUAGAACACACCCUGCAGUGGGCCAGAGAGCAGUUUGAGGAACUUUUCAAGCGCACACCAGAGAAUGUGAACCAGUAUCUACGCGAUGCUAAGUUUGGGGCUCUUACUGUUGGCCGCGAGGAAGCCGAGGACAUCGAAGUGGUAGAGGCAGUGUAUCAAAGUGUAAAGGACAGACCCCAUGAGUGGCAGGACUGUGUGGCCUGGGCUCGUUUGCAGUGGGAAAACUUUUUCAACAACGACAUCGAACAGUUGCUCCACUGCUUUCCUCCUGACCAUGUAACUAGUUCUGGUCUGUCUUUUUGGAUGGGAGCUAAAAGAUGUCCUCAUCCCUUAUCCUUUGACCCAGCCAAUACCACCCAUAUGGAUUUUAUUGUGGCCUCCGCUAACCUAUAUGGGCAGAUUUAUGAGAUCAAGGGAUCAACAGACCGCAUCGACAUGAUUAAGAUCCUGGAAGCAGUGAGUGUGCCUGCGUUCCGCCCAAAAUCCAGUGUGACGAUUGCAGUGAUGGACGAGGAACCGAAGAAAAACACGGAGGAGAGAAGGGAUGAGGACAAAGCCAAGCUGCGUGAGCUAAAGCAGAAACUGUCAAGCAUCCAGGCAGGCAGCCAGGACUGUUGGAUGGUCCCACUAGAAUUUGAAAAGGACGAUGACACCAACUUCCACAUGGACUUUAUAGUGGCAGCAUCUAAUCUGAGGGCAGAAAACUAUGAUAUACCAGCAGCAGAUCGGCACAAGAGCAAGCUCAUUGCUGGUCGCAUCAUCCCUGCUAUUGCCACAACCACAGCAGCAACAUCAGGCCUCAUGUGUCUGGAAGUGUAUAAGCUGGUGCAGGGCCACCAGCAAAUCAGCUUGUACCGUAAUUCAUUCCUAAACCUGGCAGCCAGUUACUACCUCACGUUACAGCCAAGCAGAGAUCAAAGGUUCAUGGUCGCAGGGAAAGAGUACUCCAUUUGGGAUGAGUUCCUGGUGCAGGGAAAAAAAGAUCGACAGGAGGAAAUGACAGUGGAAGAGCUGCUGAAACAUGUCAAGGAUAACUAUAACCUGACCAUCACAGGCCUGUUUUAUGGAUCUGCUGUCCUGUAUUACAAUCACGCAGAUCGACUUAAACAGAGAGUGUCAGAAGUGGUCCAGAUGGUCACCAAGAGAGAGAUUCCAGCUCACAAGCAGAUGCUGGAGAUCAUGCCGUCUUUCGCCGAGGAUGAGGACUGUGAGACUGUUCCACCACUUAGGUACCUCUUUAGAUGAGGCCAGCAAGAAAAGGAAUCUAAAGUCUACCGUUAUUUACUUGAUCAUUAUCAUAUUGUUCUAGUGAAGGAAACCCAGUUCAUUCUCUUUCUAUCUCACUCUCUCUCUCUCUCUUUUUCUGUUUCUCUUUUUUUAGUCUCUGACUAAUCUUUUCUAUCUAAACAUAUGUUCAGAAUGUUCUAAUGGAGUUGAUUGGGAUAAGAUCAUAAGGGAUCAAAUAAAUACAAAGAAAUUUCAAAAUUCACAUCAAAUAUUGUAAUUUGCCCUCGAGCUGUUUUUAGUGAUAUGAUUUGCGAUGAAAACCGUCAUAUUAAAAUUAGAAAGUAAUGCAAAAAAAUGAGAAACAGUAAGAAAAUAGCUUAAAAAAAAAAAGAAAAAGGGAAAAAAAUUGAUUAUUGGAAAGGACAGUUUUGUAUGUCCUCCACAUAGAGAUACAUAGUGACACCUUUAACACUGUUUACCCCUGUUUUUGUUAUGCAUCACUUAACAGACACACUGCUAUCAGCCGAUCACAUUAAAACAAUGUACUGUGAAGACAAUAAAGAAAACUCGAAUCUC